AUGGCCGCACUACAGACCCACUGCCUUCUUCAACCUUCAUGCUUUAUACCGUCGCGGCUCCCGCCGUGCCGUGGAAGAUGGCGAGCAAGCCUUCAAUCUCUUCCAAAACUUCAAUCUCUCAUCCCAUUUGAAGAACUUACCAUGCUAACAGAACAGUCGACCAUCAAGAGGAACAAGUUGGUUGCUCAUGACAAGGAAGAGCAGAACAAGAGCUUAAUCAUCGCCAAGCUUCUUGCCAUCGCCGAGGCCGCCGCAGACCGCGCAGAAAUGCAUGCCAUCAUCGGCGAGCAGCGAAACAAUUGGAACCACCUCUUCCUCCAUUCUAUUAACUCCAUCAACCUCACGGCCUUACUCAUGGCUGCGAUCGCCUCCAUCCCCGAAAUAGCGGCAUCCCAACCCCUCAACCUCUCCUCCGCCGUCCUCUUCACUUCAGCUGCCGGACUGAUGUUUUUCGUCAACAAGAUCCAGCCUUCGCAGCUUGCAGAGGAGCAGCGGAACGCCGCCCGACUCUUCAAGCAGCUGGAAAGAUCAAUCCGUAGCUUGGGAGCACAUACUUCAAGUGAAUCCGACGUGGAAGACGCCAUGGAGAAGGUUCUCGCGCUGCAAAAGGCCUACCCGCUUCCUCUGCUCCCGGGAAUGCUCGAAAAAUUUCCCAAAGUAGUCGAGCCCACCAAAUGGUGGCCGAAGCAGAAGAAACCACAAAGGAAGCAAGGAGUUGCUAGGAAUGGGUGGAGCAGUGAGAUGGAAAAGGAGAUGAGGGGAGUUUUGAGAGUGCUGAAAUCCAAGGAUGAGGAGCAGUACGUAAGGCUUGGACAACUGGUUCUUAGCAUCAACAAGUUCUUAUCUUUCGCCGGCCCUCUGCUCGCCGGAGUUGCCGCGGUCGGAGCUGCUAGUUCCAUAGGCGGCGGUGCACAUGGUUCGUGGCCGGCGGUGGUUGGGGGAGCGUUGGCGGCAGUGGUGAACACACUGGAGCACGGGGGGCAGGUGGGGAUGGUGUUCGAGCUGUUUAGGAACUGUGCGGGAUUCUAUAGGAAGUUGGAGGAGGAGAUUGAGUAUAACUUGGAGGAGGAGGAGAAGGAGAUGAGGGAACAAGGAGAGGUUUUUGAAGUGAAGAUGGCGUUGCAGCUUGGAAGGAGUCUUUCUGAGCUCAGAAGCAUGGCUUCCUAUUCAUCUCCUUCGUCCGAAGAUACGGAGAUUAAAGAGUUCGCCGGAAAGUUGUUCUGA